AUGCUCGGUCUGGUCUGCUUCACCUGCCCGGGCCUGUACAAUGCGAUGACAGGCCUGGGCGGGGGUGGGCAAAUCAGCGCCACCACGAGCGCGAACGCGAAUACGGCGCUGUACGCCAUCUUUGGGUUCUUCGCUUUCUUCUCUGGGUCUAUUACGAACGUUCUUGGCCCGCGCCUCACCCUCUUUCUGGGUACGACGGGAUACGUGCUGGGCCUUGGAUCCUAUCUCGCGAUGAAUAUCCAUCCGAACGCUGCAUGGUUUGUCAUCACGGCGGGCGCAAUUCAGGGUGUCUGUGCAGGUUUGCUGUGGACUGCCCAGGGUUCGCUCAUGAUGGCGUACCCAACCGAUGCUCAGCGGGGCAAAUCCAUCAGUGUCGUUUGGACUAUUUAUAAUUUGGGAGGUGUAGUCGGCGCUGCUGUAUCUUUGGGCGAGAACAUACAUCUCAAGGUAUUUGGGAAUGGUACCUAUAUUGGCCUCAUCGUGUUGAACGCUCUCGGAAUGGCAGUCCCUCUGCUCAUGGUAGACCCGCAGAAGAUGAUACGCAGCGACGGGACCAAAGUGACAACGCCGCGACAGCCGACCUGGAAAUCUGAAUUCUACGGCCUCUACUAUACACUGAAGACGGAUCCUAUGGUGCUGUUUUUGUUUCCUUCCUUCUUUGCUAGCAUCUGGUAUUACACCUGGCAAUUUAAUGACUAUAAUGCCGCCCUCUUCAACAUCCGAGCGCGUUCCCUGAAUAAUCUAGUGUACUGGAUCGCCCAAAUACUGGGUGCCGUGGCGAUAGGCUUUUUCCUGGACCAGCAAUGGUUAAGUCGGAGAUUCCGAGCGUUCUCUGGAUGGGUUAUCCUCCUCUUUCUGGUAUUCCUCGUUCAUUCAUGGGCUUUCGUCUACCAGAGGCAAUAUACACGCCAGUCAAUUCCCCCAGAUUCCGUGAAGAUGGAUAUAUAUGACAAGGGGUAUCCCGCCAAGAUCUUGUUAUACAUGUUCUGUGGCGCUUUAGAUGCCAUAUGGCAAACCGCAUUCUAUUGGGUCCUUGGCACUAUGUCCAGUGAUCCUGGUAAGCUUGCUCAUUUUGCCGGAUUCUAUAAAUCCAUUCAGUCCGCUGGUGUUGCUGGCGCUUUCCGAGCUGAUGCUGUUGGAAUACCCUACAUGAACAUCUUCCUUGCAAUGUGGUGUCUACUGGUUGUUGGUUUACUCUUCGCCCUGCCGAUGUUUUACUUGCGGGUCGAGAAUUCGCCGCUUCCGGAUGCCUCGGAACACUCUCAGUACGUUGCGACGCAUCGGAUCGCUGACUUCAGAGCUUCACGCUAA